AUGAGCUUCCAGGACAUUGAAUCUGGCCGGCCGUUUAGACGUGGACCGAUCAACGGUAAGCAAGACCCAACGCAGGCGGUUGCUGCCGGUAUUUUUCAGAUCAAUACAGCCGUAUCAACCUUUCAGAGACUGGUUAAUACGCUUGGAACCCCCAAAGAUACCCCUGACCUCCGUGAAAAGCUUCACAAGACAAGGCAACAUAUUGGGCAGUUGGUGAAGGAUACAUCAGCUAAGCUUAAACAGGCUAGUGAUAUUGAUCACCAUGCUGAAGUUAAUGCAAGCAAGAAAAUAGCAGAUGCUAAACUUGCGAAAGAUUUUCAAGCAGUGUUGAAAGAGUUUCAGAAGGCACAACGUCUUUCAGCGGAGAGGGAAACAGCUUACACUCCUUUUGUUCCACAAGCAAUGCUUCCUUCUAGCUAUACAGCCAAUGAAAUGGAUAUUGGCUCUGAUAAGACACCAGAACAGCGUGCCCUUCUUGUCGAAUCCAGGAGGCAGGAGGUUUUAUUCUUAGAUAAUGAAAUUGCCUUCAAUGAGGCAAUCAUUGAGGAAAGGGAGCAAGGCAUUCAAGAAAUACAACAACAAAUCGGUGAAGUUAAUGAAAUUUUCAAAGAUCUGGCUGUGCUUGUCCAUGAACAAGGAACCAUGAUUGAUGAUAUUGGUUCCAACAUUGAGAAUUCGCAUGCUGCAACCGCACAAGCAAAAACUCAACUUGCAAAAGCUUCAAAAACACAACGAUCAAACUCUUCUUUGGCAUGCCUGCUUUUGGUGAUAUUUGGGAUUGUGCUUCUCAUAGUGAUCAUAGUUCUUGCUGCUUAG